AUGACUCGAUUUUCUCCGCUGGUUCUUCGCAGAUAUCUCCUUGGGGGCCAAAUCAAUUCGACGGGCUGUCUUCGUCAUCGAGCUAUUGGUAGUAACCAUUUACCUCCCAUUUACGCCUCAAGAUCUCGGGCAAUACAAGAAUUGCAUACCAAGAUAGAAUCGGCGUCAUCCUCCCCCACGAAUCACAGCAUUCAAAACUCAUUCAAAGCAGCGCGGAAACAGCCAAAGGAUGAAGGAAUUGGAAGAAAUCCAAAUUCAGAAAAGGUACAAAGUCUUGAUGAGUGGGAGUUAACCGUAGGAAUCGAAAUACACGCACAAUUAAAUACGGAACGAAAACUUUUCUCAUACGCUGCCUCAUCUUUUAACGAUACGCCCAAUACACAUGUCGCAUAUUUCGAUGUAGCCUUACCAGGCUCUAUGCCCAUAUUUCAAAAGGAAACUCUGAUACCUGCUAUUCGAGGAGCAUUAGCAUUAAAUUGUAAUAUUCAAAGAACAAGUCGAUUUGAUCGCAAACAUUAUUUUCAUUGGGAUCAACCUGCGGGGUAUCAAAUUACACAAUAUUACGAACCUUUUGCGAAAGAUGGAUAUAUUACAUUAUAUGCGCACGAUGGAAUUGCAAAGGAGGACGGAGAAGAAAUCCGGAUAGGAAUUAAGCAAGUACAAAUGGAACAAGAUACGGCCAAAACAAUCUCACAACCUGGGGAUAUACAUUUGUUGGAUUUCAAUCGUGUGGGUUUACCAUUGAUUGAAAUUAUUUCUCUGCCACAGAUACAUCAUCCAAGUACCGCGGCUGCAUUUGUCCGAAAGGUACAAAUGUUGCUAAACUCGGUUGAUGCUUGUGUUUUGGGUAUGCAAUCUGGUGGAUUGAGAGCAGAUGUAAAUGUUUCUGUAAAGAGAAGAACAGAGGAAGGUUCCGGGUUUGAAUAUGCAGGUGUUCAAGGACUUGGACAAAGAACCGAGAUCAAAAAUUUGAGUAGUUUCAAAUCUAUUGAAGAUGCUAUCAUUGCCGAACGUGAUAGACAAAUCUCGGUUCUGGAAGAAGGUGGGGUUAUUGAAGGAGAAACUCGUGGAUACGCAAUUGGAAGUACAGAGACACGAAGACUUCGAGGGAAAGAAGGAGAGGUGGAUUAUAGAUACAUGCCAGAUCCAGAUCUAGCCCCUGUGAUUAUCGAUGAAGCACUUACACAACAUCUUGGUGCUACACUCGGCGUCUUACCCGAUGAAGAAUUGGCAAUACUCGAAUCUGAAUACGGUAUCACGGUAAAAGAUGCUAUUGAUUUAGUGUCUUUGAAUGAAGGAGGACGAGUGGAAUAUUUUCGUAAUGUAGUAGAUGUUUUGACAUUGUUGAAUCCUCACGAACCGCAAACGAAAUUGGGAAAAUGGGCAAGCAAUUGGGUUUUACAUGAAUUGGGUGCGUUGAUCUCGGAUUAUGGAGAGGAGGAAAAUCCACUCAGGUUUACGAGUUAUGGAGAGUGUAUGAUUUCACAUUCUCAAAUGGCUCAUCUGAUACAUUAUGUUAACGAGGAGCGAAUUACGGGAAAGACGGCAAAGAAAGUUUUGAAGGGGUUGUUUGAGAAUGGACAGGUGGGGAUAGAGAAAUCGGUAGAGGAGAUUAUUGAAGAUGGACAAUUGUGGUUGCGGAAGAUGGAGAGAAGUGAGUAUGAAGGGUUGGCGAGGAGGAUCUGUGAAGAGGAGAGGAAAACGAAUUAG